CGCAUCAACAUCGCACAUCAUCCCGCCCAAUCAGCGAUGUUUUCCACGCAACCUGAAGCCACCUCGGCACUUGAGAAAUCCGCCGCCCACAAUUCCUCACCGGCGAUGCCUGAAAAGGCUACUCCAUCGAAAACCACACCCACGGAGCCCCCGAAUGCCAAUACUUCCAAACCGCUCACGUUUCACAAGAUGAGCAAUGAGUAUCCUGCAUACCAGGCAUGGGUAGAGAACGGUGGACUCAUUGCCUUUGCCGAUAGCCAGGGACUUAAGCCAGACUUCCUUGACUACCUAGCCAAUCUCCCAAUAGAGGUUACACUUGCGUACGGUAGAGAGCUCGAGCGGAUCCCCGGCUUGAGGGCCCAGAAAAACGCGUACGAGAAGUCCUUGGGCGGCGGCUGCAGCGUGGAGUCAUGCUACGCUAUCAUGGAGGCCGCUGGGGACUAUGGCCUCUAUGAUGUGUCUUCGGAUGAGGAAGGAGCGGUUGAAAAGAGCGUGAGUGCGCGGCUUUAGGGGACCUGGGUUUUGUGGCUCUUAGCUAACGUCGUUCAAGAAAUUGUUCGACGAGGAGUACAAGAAGAGCAAAGCCUACGACGGACUGGAGCUGCAGUCCUCGCCCUUGCGGCCAUCUGUCCCCCUAAGGUCGCCAUUGAAGAGGGGUCUUGGAACGCAAAGCAGCCCCGUCCGCAGGCCCUUCAAACGUGUGAAGCGCAAUGCCUGACUUCUUGCUGCGGGGGUCGGAAUGUAGCCUUUUCCUUUUCGUUUUCUUUGGGUGGGAAUGAUAAUAGGGAAAACUUGUAUUGCCUUAGGUCGAGAAACUCUUUUCUGCUUGUCUCGGACACUCCGGGCUUCUGAGUGUUAUGGGGGAGGUAUACGUAGCUUACACCCACUCCCGUCACUCCCUGAUACCGUCAGUAUCCUUUCGCAGACAUGCC